AAACUGACCAUAAAUGGAGUGGCCUCCUGACUAUAAAUGCCUAUGAAAAAACGAAGAAAAAGCUUCAUAAGAAACCUGGGAGUGGGAGCACCCGUCUUCUUCUUCUUCUGCCUGUUUUGAAGGAAACAAAGAGAUUCAAUCAGCGACGAAAUGAAGGGUACUCACGGAACCCCAAAAUCCUCGUCCAAGAAACCAUAUUCAGGGCAAAGUUCAAUUGAUGUACUUGCUGCACAAUGUGAGAAAUGCAAGAAAUGGAGGGUGAUUCAAUCUGAAGAAGAGUUCGAAGAAAUCAGAAGCAAGCUCAGUGAGGAACCAUUCUAUUGCAACAGAAGAUCUGCUGUGUCUUGUGAAGAUCCUGCUGAUAUUGAGUACGAUUCUACUAGGACAUGGGCUGUUGACAAGCCUGACAUUCAGAAGACACCGGAAGGGUUUAAGAGGCAUUUGGUGCUUAGAAAAGACUAUUCCAAACUGGAUACCUAUUAUAUUACACCUGAGGGCAAAAAAGUGAGAUCCCAAAAUGAGGUAGCUGCAAUCUUGAAAAGCAAUCCCAAGUACAAAGGCAUAUCCCCUUCAGAUUUUGACUUUGGAAGCCCAAAAGUCAUGGAAGACACUGUUCCUGUGGAUGUUCCUAAGAAGGUUCCUGGUAGCAGCAACAAAAAACUUAAAACAACAAUGGACUGAGGCCAAGUAGUGUACCUUAGAAGAUCGGGGCAAAUUUUUGGUGGGAGACUCUUGAUUUGUGUAGAAAGUACGUCUGUUUAUCAUUGUGAUGGAAUUGGGAUAUCCAGCUGCUGUUAUGUGAGUUUAUAUCUGUUUGCUUAGUUUACUAACGAAGAUGACGGGGGAUAGACCCCAGAUGAUGCUUGUAGUGCUUUAUAUCAAGUUUUCAUCAUGUUGGUUCCAAAUUGUCUCAGCAAA